UACAAAACUAUUUAAAUAAAAAACAAUGAAUUUCGAAAACAAAAAAAAUUUUUAGAAUGCAGCAGCUAGUUAUGAUUUCAGUAGUAAUGAUCGAUAUCCAUAUCCACGUUAUACAGAUGAUUGGUUUAAUAGCCAUGGAACACGUUGUGCUGGUGAAAUUGCUGCUGCUCGAGAUAAUAACAUUUGUGGUGUAGGUGUUGCUUAUGAUUCAAUGGUAGCUGGUAUUCGAAUGUUAGAUCAACCUUAUAUGACCGAUCUAAUCGAAGCUAAUUCAAUGUCACAUGAACCAGAUAUGAUCGAUAUCUAUUCAGCAUCAUGGGGGCCAGUUGAUGAUGGCAAAACAAUCGAUGGACCACGACAUGCAACUAUGAAAGCUAUUGUCAAAGGCAUUAAUGAAGGUCGUCGUGGCCUUGGUUCGUUGUAUGUAUGGGCUAGUGGUGAUGGUGGAGCUAAUGAUGAUUGUAAUUGUGAUGGAUAUGCUGCAUCUAUGUGGACAAUAUCAAUAAAUUCAGCAAUAAAUGAUGGUCGAACAGCACUUUAUGAUGAAUCAUGUUCAUCAACACUUGCUUCAACAUUUAGUAAUGGUCGAAGUGAUGAUCCACAAGCAGGAGUUGCAACAACUGAUUUAUAUGGUCAAUGUACUCUAAAACAUUCGGGCACAUCGGCAGCAGCACCAGAAGCAGCAGGCGUAUUUGCGCUUGCACUUGAAGCAAAUCGUCAAUUAACAUGGAGAGAUAUUCAACAUUUAACUGUCUUAACAGCAAAACGUAAUCAACUUUUUGAUCCAUCACAACAACAUUUAUGGCAUAUUAAUGGAGCUGGAUUAGAAUUUAAUCAUUUAUUUGGUUUUGGUGUACUUGAUGCUGGCGAUAUGGUCCGACAUGCUAAAGAAUGGAAACCAUUACCAACUCGAUAUCAUUGUACUGCUGGUAAUAUAACAGGAAAACAACCAAUACCUGAAAAAGGUUCAUUAAAAUUAACAAUAAAUACAGAUGCAUGUAAGAAUACAAAAAAUGAAGUAAAUUAUCUCGAACAUGUACAAGCGUUUAUAACAUUAAAAAGUAGUCGACGUGGUAAUACAGUUAUUUUUAUUACAUCACCACUUGGUACAAGAUCAUUAAUUUUAAGUCGUCGUCCAUUAGAUGAUGAUUCAACAAAAGGUUUUUAUAAAUGGCCAUUUAUGACAACACAUGCAUGGGCUGAACAAGCUCAAGGUAUAUGGACACUUGAAAUACGUUUUGAUAAUGAAGAUAAUGCAAAUGCACCAUUAACAAAUCAACAAAAUCAAACAAUAUCAGAUAAAGAACAAAGUCAAAAAUUAACUACCGGUAAUUUUUUUGAAUGGUCAUUAAUAUUACAUGGAACAAAAACAGCACCAUAUGUUAAUCAAACUCCAUUAUCAAUAUACGGUGAUAAAAGUAAAUUAUCUAUUGCUAAACAAAUACAUGAAAAUAAUUUUCACGAUAAAGCAAAAUAUGUUCAAUUACUUAAACAAGAUAAUCAAAAACGUUUAGGAAGUGAUGAUGAAACAAUUAUGUAA